GCAGGCCCUAUAAAGAGGUUCUCUGCCAUAUAACUCCUAAACUCCUAGUACUUGAGCACCGAUCUGCUUUGGAGAACCCGAUUCUGAGACUCCAGCAGGAUGUCUUAUCAACAGCAGCAGUGCAAGCAGCCCUGCCAGCCACCUCCUGUGUGCCCCACGCCAAAGUGCCCAAAGCCAUGUCCACCCCUGAAGUGCCCUGAGCCCUGCCCACCACCAAAGUGUCCAGAGCCCUGCCCACCUCAGCAGUGCCAGCAGAAAUAUCCUCCGGUGACACCUUCCCCACCCUGCCAGCCAAAGUGUCCACCCAAGAGCAAGUAACAGCAAGUAACAGCUUCAGGAUUCAUCAGGAGCAUGAAUGGAUAAGGAUAUUUGGCUCACCUCAUUCAACAACUUCACCUGCAUCUUCUCAUCAAAGCCAUCCAGGGAUACACGGGAGCUUCUUUCCCCUUAGCCAGUGAUCUGCCUGUGAUGUUCCCUGACAGCAAAAGCUUCCCUUUAUGAUGCUGCCAUACUGCCACUAUCCAGGUGGAGACUUAGAAAGGAAGUCCUCAGCUGUACUGGCCUUUCAGAGCUUCUCCUUGGGUGCCAUCGAAGAAUUCUGUUGAUGUUUUCUGUGUCUGUCUGUCCCCUGGGCAUGAGCUUCUACCACCUGUGCACUUGUCACUUUCCUUUCACUCUCUGAAUAAAGUAGCUAUGCAUAUA